AUGGAGCAGCCGGGACGCCGCCAUCUUAUUAAAGGGAAAGAGCGAGUCUCCCCAGACCGCCCCGUGUGCCGCCCGCAGGAGGAGAUGCCGACCAGCUGCGCGGCGGCGGGCUGCGCCGCCGUUUACAACAAGAGCGUCAACGUCAGCUUCCACCGAUUUCCUUUGGAUCCCAAGAGAAGAAAGGAAUGGAUACGUCUUGUAAAACGCAAUAAUUUUGUGCCAGGCAAACACACUUUUCUUUGCUCAAAGCAUUUUGAAUCCUCCUGUUUUGACCUAACUGGACAAACUAGACGACUUAGAAUGGAUGCUGUUCCUACAAUUUUUGAUUUCCCUGCUCAUCUAAAACUCAGGAAACCUAUGUCAAGAAAUCUGAAGAAGAAAGAUGUUUAUACCCCAGAAGGGGUAUCUAACUUCAAAACAAACAUUAGCUGUAGACAAGUACAACUUGAACACAGUUAUGCUUUCAGAAGCCCCAUGGAAGCCAAGAAAAGGAUAAUUAAGUUAGAAAAGGAGAUAGCAAGCUUGAGAAGAAGAAUGAAGAACUGCAUUCAAAAAGAACAUAGAGCCACACAAAGAUGGAUAGAAAUGACUUGCCUCAUCAAAAACUUGGAAACAAAUAAUAUUUUGCCAGGAGUCACACUGGACCACAUUUUACCAAAUGCCUUAAGAAACCUUCCCUUGGAAGAUUUCAGAAAUAUUUUACAAGAACAGCAAGACCAUCUAUAAAAGCUUUGCCAAUUUUAAAACUAGACUUCAAAAUUUAGAUUUAUACUGAAUAUAAUGCCAAAAAAUGUAUCCAGCUUAAUUAAUAUGUUUUUCUAAGACAUUCUUGUGGUGGUGAGGGACAACACUGGUUCUUAUGGCUGCUUAAUUAAUUGCAAAUACCCAUCUAUUACUAAUGAAAACUUCACCACAAGUCUUUUAAUUGUGAUGAACAUCUGAGUAAUUGAAAUGGACCAGUUUUUGAUGGAACACACACACUAUUCAGAAAUGAAUUGUGGGUGCUGAGGAAGCCAUAAGAACACUACUUUAUGUCAAGUGGCAGGAUAAGACUCAAAAUGAAGAUAUUUCAAGCCAAACCCAGCAGUCACCUCCAGCAGGACUGGCUUGAUUUCAGCCGCUUUCUUGAUACCGAGGUGGUAUUAGAAUGGAAGAGUAAUGAAUUUCAAAGCGUGUGUACCAAGGAAUUCACUACAUGGCCGGUAUUGUCCAUCUCGGAGCUGUUUCAUAAAAGUAUAUACUACAGGCAUUUUGCUGUACCUUUAUUUAAGGC